CUGACUAUCUAUCGUUAAUCAUGGAGGCUGGAACAUCGAACGGACUGGGUUAUACGGAUCCAGCGAGUAGCACUGCUGCUAUGCCCUCAUCGGUCAAGGGGAAAGAGCGAGGAGAGAUUGAGAUCAAGAUUGAAUUUGGAGGAGGCCUACAUUUGCUAUUCUCUCAACAGGCCAGACAUGUCGUCCAUGUCCCCGCUCAUGUACCCGAUUCAUCACCCUCUAAGCCAGUCGAUAUGCGAUACUUGGUCAAGUACCUCAAAUCCGAUCUCCUCAGUGAAAGAAUAGAAAUGUUUGGCGAAGGGGAUGGCGUCCGGCCGGGGAUAUUGGUGCUGAUCAAUGAUGCCGAUUGGGAGCUGGAAGGGGAACUAGAUUACGAGUUGAAGGAUGGAGACGAGGUGGUGUUCAUAUCGACUCUGCAUGGAGGAUGAUGAUGAUGAGAACCAUGUUCCAACGCCCUCGGUCGGCCAUAAAAUACAACUCGUCUUCCUUCGAUCAAAACAACAAGAUGCCCCCUAUUGCCUCCCUCCACGGCGGGCACUCUGUACUGUCCUUCUUCACAUGUUCAAUCUGUCAAAUUAGCCUGUGAUCCCAGGGUUUCGUUUCGAAUCGCUUUACCUUUUCAAACACGUUCAAAGCCUCCUCCACAUCAUACGCAAAACUCGUGGUCAAUCUCAAAUCUUGAAUGACCUGUU